AUGGACUCGACUCCGGCUCCUGCCUCCACGACCUCCGCAGCCCCUGGUCCUGGCUCCCGUUUCCAGGGAGACGGUGUCCGCUACAAGGCCAAGCUGAUCGGCAUUGAUCAUGUGACCAGCGGCGACGCCGGAAAGUCCUGCGUUGACUCCAUGAUGAAACUCAAGGGUUUCGAGGCGGCCUUUCGUAAACAGGGCCGACACAAGCAGCGCGUGUGGCUGAAAAUCUUCUCCGGAGGACUCAGGAUCCUGGACGAGAAGACGGCGGCUGAGAUGUACGUCCACGAGCAGCACGACAUCAGUGCAUUGACCCGCGACGACUCGGACCCCAGAGCGCUGGCCUACGUCCACAAACACACAGACAACUUCUACCUGUUCUACCUGCGCAUGGCUAACCUGGCUGAACCGGUUCUGAACGACAUCAGGGAGGUGUGCAGAGACCAGCAGCAGAACCAGGGUUCAGUCCCGGACCCCCCCACUGAGGCCCCGCAGAUCUCUGCCUUGUUGGUCGUGGACGAGGCCUCCACACGAACACAUGAGGAGCCAGCUCUGGAGAACGUCUUCAGCCCUCGACCUGAUGGAAAACCGGCCUCCUCUGAGUUGAUGGAAGUCUUCGCGGUUCCUCUCGGAGAUCCCAUCGAGCCGAGUGUGUGUCCCUCCGCUGUGGCCCUCUCUGAACCAGAUCCGGAGCCGCCCAGACCCGCCCUGUCCAACUCUCAGAUUCUGUCCAUGUUCACUCCACCCGCCCUGUACCCGCCCCCGGCUGGGCUCCGCCGGGCAUGGUGGCUCCUCAGUGGGCGGGUCCUGUGGCUCCGUGGCCCAAUCAGACGGCAGCCUGGCCCUCAGCUCCGCCCACUCCUGUGA